UUUGUCUCAUCCAUUCCGGCAUCGCAGUCGUGGAUUUUACAGCAUUGCGAGCAGAUCCAAUCUAAGAGAUCCUAGAUCACAUGCAAAAUGUGGUGGAACCGUAAAUUUGUCUCAAGGUCUCUCCGCCUCCACCGGCUCAAGAGCACCAGAAGCACUGCGCCCAGGAAACCGGAGCAAUCUCUAGGCAUCAUUGGAGUGCCCUUCGCAAAGGGGCAGGCCAAGCAGGGCGUGGAACUGGCGCCAGAUCUUCUCCGGCAGAGCAGUCUGCGUCAGGUGCUUCAGAGCAGUCAUGAUGACCUGGUGAUACGGGACUACGGAAAUCUGCAGUACGCCGUAGACGAGCCCCUUCUCCAGCAGCAGCGUGUGCACUAUCACCACAUCCGAAACUACGCGGACUUCAUGGCCUGCAAUCGGGCACUGAUUGAACAGGUGAAACUCAUGCUCGUGGAAAACACGCAGUUUUUGGCCAUUGGUGGUGAUCAUGCGAUCGGCUUCGGAUCCGUGGCCGGGCACCUGCAACAUACGCCGAAUUUGUCCCUGGUGUGGAUCGACGCACAUGCGGACAUCAAUCUGCAUAGCACCUCGCAGUCGGGCAACAUCCAUGGGAUGCCCGUAUCAUUUCUGUUGGAGCAGCUCCGUAACACCUGGCAGCACGCUGGCCUCCAGGAAAUCGCGCCCAACUGAUCAAUAAAACGAGAAUGAAAACAUUUAGAGAAAUCAUCAGUUUUGCUGCCAAAUGUUUAUUAGGAAAAAAUGUGUGCCAAAAUUAGUUGAGAUUGGCGAUAGACUUAUUCCGAUCUUCGAUGCGCUAUCUUCUCCGAUUACUUACCGAAAAUCACACGAAACAAAAAUAGUAAGUGAGGAUACGUACAAUACAAUGUUUAACAACGGCAACAACAAACUUAAAACCGGAACUCCGGAAACCAAAAUCGGCUACUUAUCGAUCGGUAAUAUAUGUGUAUGUAUGCCCUUAAACAUAUCCAUUAAUAAAUAUUAAUAUAUUUAUAAAUACAUGUGUAUACUUGCAUACAUAUGCACAACAGAAGGAACGGAACAAAAGGGGAACAACUUAAAUACCAAAAUCGGAUCAGUUCGUCUUCCUUAUAAGGCAAUGCCACAUCAUCAUCAUCAUAGUUUUAUCUUCCUUCUCAGCUGGCUCAAUACACUGGGAGCAAAAAAGCGUACGUGAAAAUACUCUGAGCGAAAUCAUAAGAGCAAACAAAGGGCAUACUCUUUUCGAGAGAGAACACACAACAAACUUAGGCAUAUUUGGGAAUUGGGUGUGUAAUAGAGGUGUGUGUUAGUAUGACAUACACUGUACAAAAUAUAGUUGGUAGAAAGGAACCGUAAAUCAACCAAAACCUGUCUGAGAUGAAAAAUGUGAUUAAAAUUGAAGACGCAAAGAACACCCAACCUAUAGUAUACCAAAGACAAUCUCAAAACUUGAACUCAAUUAUAACUUUGAAAGAAUAUCCAAAAUAGUCUGAACUUAAACUGAAAUAAACCAAUAGACGAACUUAAUCUUGAAAAAAAAGUUUGGUGUGUCUGAUAUGUACUAUAUAGAGAGAAAUACAUAUAUAUGCAAAAA